AAGAGGAACCAUCAGAACCAGACUCGCCUCGGUGAAGGGAUGGAGAUAGUCGGGUUUAACGAGGACUCUGUGACCAGGUGUACCUAAUAAAGUAGCCGGUGAGGGUACAUUUCGAAUCCAAGCAGUUAAGACUGGGCUUUUAUUAUGUGAUAUAAUGAUCUGCCAUACAGGGAGGAGACCUGCUCUGAAAUUAUGGAUCGACUUUAUUCGGGUUUUUCCGUCGUUUUUACCGCUUUAGAUGUUGAAAUAAUGUGACCUGACGGUGUGAGCAGAACCUCGGAUAGGUUCUGAUCUUUCGGAUCCACUUCUCCGCGGUGACGAAAGGAACUGUUGAACUUUCCAGGAUCCGGUUCCUCUGAGCUCGGUUCAGUUCGGGUAUGUGAGUCCUGCUGCAGCUGAUCCCUGGAUUGGACCGGGCCGGAGGAUCCGAACCGUUCUGCGGUCCAACUUUAGAUCAGAACUCCAGAGUUCGGAAUCUGGAUGGCCUGCGGAGGAAGAAGAAGCGCUCUCUGUCUAAUGGACAAAGUUUCUUCAUCUUCAUCAUCAUCGCAUCAGCUGCGGCCAGAGAGGAAGAUGCGCAUCAUCAUCAUCAUGUCGGUCUGCCUGGUUCCGCUGGUCUCCUGCAGCGCAGAGACGCCUGAUGAGGAAAACUUCAACCCGCAGGAGUGGCUCCGUCGUUUCGGCUACCUGUCCCGGUCCAGUCUCCAGAUGUCCGGCCCGCUUUCGGUCCAGAUUCUGUCCAGAGCCGUCAGCGACAUGCAGCGCGUCUACGGCCUGGAGCCGACCGGCCGCCUGGACGCCGCCACGCUGACGGCGAUGCAGCGGCCUCGCUGCGCCCUCCCCGACAGGACGCCUGAGGACGGGGCCGGCGAGGUCAGGACGAGGCGCUUCGCCCUGACGGGUCAGCGCUGGGAUAAGGAGCAACUCUCCUUCAGCAUUCUGGAAGAGCGGAUCCCACCCUCACUGGGUCUGAACCGGACCUCCAAUGCAAUCCGCCGGGCCUUUGGUGUGUGGAGCAGCGUGACGCCACUGUGCUUCCAGGAGCGACCUGCGGGGGACGCCGCUGACAUCUUGCUCCUCUUUGCCUCUGGUUUCCAUGGCGACAUGUCCCUGUUUGACGGCAAGGGCGGGUCGCUGGCCCACGCCUUCUACCCCGGGCCGGGAACUGGCGGAGACAUGCACUUCGACGCCGACGAGCCGUGGACGCUGGAUGCCCAGAACCAGGAAGGUAUCGACCUCUUCCUGGUGGCGGUGCAUGAACUAGGCCACGCUCUGGGCCUGGAGCACUCAGAGAACCCCGCCGCCAUCAUGGCUCCUUUCUACCAGUGGAGCAACGCGCAAAACUUCAGCCUGCAUGGCGACGACAUCGCAGGGGUCCAGCGCAUGUAUGGUCCUCCUGUGGUCUCUGAUGCUCCACCCACUUCUCCUCCCACGCCCCCCUCCACAUCCUCCUCACCCACCCACUCAAUGCCUGAUCCCCCCGACCCGACCCAAACCAACCCGGAUCCAACCCCCACCCCUCCUCUGGCCACGCCUACCUCUCAUCUGACUUUGCCCAUCACCACCUGGACCGGGCCGGACCCGGUCACGCCGGCGGUCAGGAGAGACGCCCCGCCCAGCAUCUGUGACGGAGACUUUGACACGGUGACGUUGCUGCGGGGCGAGAUGUUCGUCUUCAAGGGCCGCUGGUUCUGGAGGGUCCGGAGGAACCGGGUCCUGGAGAAUUACCCCAUGCCCAUCUCCGUCUUUUGGAACGGUCUCCCUGACGACAUCGACGCCGCCUACGAACGACACGACGGGAAAUUUGUCUUCUUUAAAGGCGACAGGUUCUGGCUGUUCCGGGAGGCCGACGUUCUGCCCGGCUAUCCUCAGCCACUGCAUCAGUAUGGCCGAGGAAUCCCCGCCCAUCGGAUCGACACCGCCAUCUGGUGGGAGCCCAAAGAGUUCACCUACUUCUUCAGCGGCGACAGGUACUGGCGCUACAACGAGGAGACACGCAGCGCAGACCACGACUUCCCCAAACCCAUCAGCAGGUGGGGCAAGAUCCCGGCCUCGCCCAGGGGAGCCUUCCUCAGCGACGAUGGAGCCUCCACCUACUUCUACAAAGGCUCCAGUUACUGGAGGUUCGACAACCGCCGGACGGAGGCGGACCGCGGCUACCCCCGCUCCAUCCUGAAGGACUUCAUGGGCUGCGUUGGGGCCCCCGAGCCGGACCCGGACCCCGACCCAGAAACCAAGCGGAGCCCAGGGACGGAACCGGUCCAACCCCCGCAGCCGACCGAACCGGGCCACGGGCCGGACCGGGAGCUCAGACCCGGCAGCACAGAGGACCAUCCGGACCAGGAAGUGAACAUGGUGGUGACAGUGGCCGACAGUGAGUCAAAGGUCAUGACCCUGGUCAUGGUGACGGCGCCGCUGCUGCUCAUCCUGUGCAUCCUGGUUCUGGUCUACGCCAUCCUCCGGACUCUGCAGAACAAGGAGCCGUCCCGGGCCCUGGUGCAUUGCAAGCGCUCUCUGCAGGACUGGGUCUGACUCGGUCCAUGGGCCAAUUGGACCGCCGGUACCACCACCCGCCCCCGAGCCGUCACCACCACUCUACCACCCCUUGCCUCCUUCUUCUAUUUCAAAUUUGUUUAAAAGUGAUGCAGCUCCAGCCUGCUCUCUGUGGGCCUUUGGCCCGAUGAGGAGGCUGCCGCUGCGUUAACCAUCUGGAUGGCAGCGAGUUUCGGAUCCGCUCCAGCCGGAUCCAGCUGCAGCAGAAUUGCAGAAGUCAUUAGAGCUCAUAGAUCAGAGACGCUGCACCGUGACACAACGGCUUCACUGUUGUUUAUUCAACUAAAAACUCUGAUUUUAUGUGACAAACAAUCAGGAAGUGGAUAAGACCAGAAGGUUCCACAGCAUCAUGCUGCCACCACCAUGCUUUAGCCUGGAGGUGGAGACUUCAGGCUGUAGGGUUUUGAGCUCUUGGAGCUGUUCAGAGCUGGGAUGUUGACGCAGAUCCAAACCUGGCUGUAAACAGAAUCAGAACCUUCCAGUUCUGCUGUUGGACCUCUGGAACCUCUGAGACCAGAACCAGAACCACUCCAGUUGGAUCAUGUGUUUUCCAGUUAUAGAGUGCCUUGUUACAGUACAAUCGACUAACUAUGUUACCUUCUGUUGUUACAAUAAUGCUCUAUAUAAUUAAAUUAUAAUUAACUUAAAUUAUAAUUUAAAU